CAUGGAGGAGCUGAGCGCCGUUGGAGAGCAGGUUUUUGAUGCGGAAUGCAUUUUAAACAAACGACUGAAAAAGGGAAAGUUGGAGUUUCUGGUGAAGUGGAGGGGAUGGUCAUCUAAACACAACAGCUGGGAGCCGCAAGAAAACAUCCUUGACCCAAGACUGUUGGCUGCAUUCAACAAGAAAGAGCAAGAAAAAGAGCUCCUGAUGCGUAAGAGAGGAAAAAGGCCAAGAGGACGGCCGCGAAAAAUUCUUGAAAAUGUGCCCGAAGCUCCAAAAUCAAGCAGCUCUUCAUCUGGCUCAUCAUCAUCUUCCUCAGAUUCCUCAUCCUCAUGCUCCUCCUCUUCGUCCUCAUCAGAGGACGAUGACGAAGACAGCGGCGCUAAGCAGGCCAACCCGGGCGUCAGAACACGAGACCUUCACCCUGUCCCUCAGAAGAAGGCGCAGAUUGUUGUGGCUAAACAGGAGCCCCCCAAAAAACGAAGCAGGAAACCCCUGGCCCCCGAAGUGAAGGAAUUUCAGCAGAACAAGGGCCCUCGCAAAAUCCUAAAGACGUCCAAAGACACGGAUCUUCCAGGAGCAAUCAAAAAGCCGGUUCACCCAGCAAGCUUCACCUUCAUGGGUUUCCAUCGGGGCUCAGCUAGGGAUACAGCGGGUAGUCCGAACAGGAGCUCUGUGGCCCAGGGUGGGGCUGUUAAAAACUCCAUGAGCUCUGUGGGAUCUGGCAGAUCAGUCCAGCCUGCCCCCCCCUCCCUGAACAAAUCCACCCAGAGCGAAAAUGUCACAGAGGAUAAACUGUCCAUCUCCAGUAUGAGCAGUGGGACAAGUCUGGAUUUGAAAGCAGUUGCUGGUAAAUCAAAAGGGGUCGCAGCGCUGAAUUUGAAUACAUCCAAACACCCCAUUCAAGGAACCACUCAGCAUACACUAAGCUCCCCCAAUGGACAAAAAAAGCCCCAGGGCCCUGUGUCAGCACUGCAGCGGAUACCCAAUAAUAAAGCAGUGGCCUCUGUACCAUCUAAGAAUGCCUCCUCCAAUCAAGUUUCUGGACCUCAGCCGCUCAACCUUCAGAGCAAAUCAGUGCAAAGCAACGAUGCCCCUGGAAAUGGCACUACCACAGUGUCAGGCCUGAGAAAUGCCACAAACCAAGCAAGGAAGACCACCGUCACACAAACUCAGGAGUAUAAUCCUCCUAAGAGUCCAGCGACCGCUGGAAGACUGCAGACCCGAAAGAACCAGCCAGGAGCCGAUAAGGUCAAGGAGGCGACUGAAGUCCAGACCUCUAGAGUCCAAGGCAGGCUGGAGAAGAGCAGUGUGCAUAAAUCCUCCACAGAGGUCCAGAGCCAGCAAGACAGAUCGGUCUACAAAGAUGGCAAAAAAGCCAAGAUGAACGACAUGAGCACAGGCGAAGAGGAGAGCAGCUCAGACUCCGACCAGGAUUCUUCCUACACCGGACAGGAUCGUUCGGUAGUGGUCCAGAACCAGGACUGGAAGCCCACACGCAGUCUGAUAGAGCAUGUGUUUGUAACAGAUGUUACUGCUAAUCUAGUUACUGUCACAGUCAAGGAGUCACCGACCAGUGUGGGAUUCUUCAGCAUUCGCAACUACUGACAGGAUUCAAGACUCUGCAAACCAGAUGGUCUGUGAAGCAAACAGAUGGGAUUUGGGUUCUGAAGGAAGUAGGUAAACCUCUGGCAGGACAAUUCCUGAGAAACACAUCAGGGAAUGGAGGUCAAAUCGCUCUUCAUUUUCUUUCAGUAAAAGACA